AUGGAUAUCUUGAAACGCAAAAGAACACAAUUUAGACGGGAAUUCACCAUCCUAUCCGAUGCAAUAGAAAAAGCAUUCGAAGCAAAAGACUCCGAGACAAUCGACGAAAAAUAUACUACACUCACAGAUAGUGUCGAAAGUCUAUUCGAAUGUGAAGCAGCAAUUCGCAACCUAUGGUGUGAGGAUGAUAACUUCGACGAACAGUCCUUUCAAGCCGACCAGGACAAAACACUCGAAUAUCGGGAAAAAUGGUCAAAGAUAAGGACAAAAUAUACGAAGUACAUAAAAAGAAGUGAUCCGCUACAAUGUAGUUCCAACCAUUCUAUCGUUUCAGCUGAAACUAUGGUGAAGUCACAUAAUAACCAAUGCAACAACAAACAAAGGCUCCUAAUCCCGAAAUUAGAGAUAAUUAAAUUUGACGGGAACGUGAAGUCGUGGCUGUUGUUCUGGGGACAGUUCCAGAAGGUACAUGAUGACAAGGAGAUCAAUGACUCCGAUAAGUUCCAAUAUCUACUUCAGUCUAUGGCAACAAAUUCCAGUGCAAGACAGCUAGUCGAAAGUUAUCCACCAUGCGCUGCAAACUAUCCAAAAGCUAUAGACGCAUUGAAGACUAGAUUCGCAAGAGACGAUGUCUUAAUAGAGACGUAUGUCAGGGGCUUAUUAACAUUAAUGCAAGAUAAAAAUCAAUUAUCUAACUCUAGUGACCUGCCUGCGCUGUAUGAUAAACUCCAAACGCAUCUCCAAGCACUCGAGACUCUUGGAGUAACAAAAGAUAAGUACGCUUCAAUCUUAUUUCCUAUGGUAGAGUCAGUGUUGCCGGAAGAAAUACUACGCGCAUGGAACAGGCAUAGGUCCGAUAAUAACAAAGGUCUCUCUGAACUUGUCGAAUUUUUAAGACAAGAGGUAGAAUCGGAAGAGAGAAUCCAAUUAGCUCGACAAGGUUUCACUCUAACGCCAACAACAUCUAGUGAACCAAAGUCCCCUACUAUAUGUUUCAUGUCAGAAACAAAAACACAAACAAAAGAAAAGCGUAAACGUUCCAUAAUAUGCAUAUGGUGUGAUAGGGAUUCGCAUGGUAGUUCAGAAUGUUAUAAGGCGGCGAGAAUGACUUUAAAAGAGAGAAAAGAGUUUGUUAAAUCGAAGAAAGCAUGUCCAAUCUGUUUAACAAAUAAUCAUCAUUUUAUGAAGAGAUGUAAAAGUUUCCCAAAAUGUUUAUUCUGUAAAAAACGGCAUUUUACUAUAAUGUGUCCGGAUAUAGAUGAACAAGGACAAAAGAAAAAGGAAAUAUGUGAGAAUGAGGCGAACAAUUUAUUAUGUCAAUUAAAGCCUACAACAUUACUACAAACCGUGGUAGUGGUAAUUAAGUCUGGAAAUAAAAAGAUUCCUGUCAGAGCUCUUAUCGAUAGCGGGGCUCAAAGAUCAUAUAUCAAAAAAGAUAUUGUUCGAAAAUUGAAUUUAAAGUCAACUAGAAAAGAGCGAAUAACUCAUUGUUUAUUUGGCGGCAUAGAAACGAAAACCGAAGAACGUGACGUUUUUGACAUAAGUGUUGAUAGUGUUACUAAUGACUUUAGUUUGAAUUUAUCAGUUUUAGAACAAGACAACAUCUGCGGUUUUUUACCUAAAAUAAGAUCGUCUGUAAUAAUUGAGCAACUGCGAGAUAAAGGUAUCAUUUUGACUGACAAAGUAGACUCACCUGAUGACGUAUGCUUAUUAUUUGGAGCCGACUUCUCUGGAGCUUUACUGACCGGUGACAUAAUCCACUUAGAAAACUUGACCGCUAUAAAAACUAAAUUAGGAUGGACAAUUCAAGGACCAACUACUGGUAUUUAUAGUUCUGUAGUUACAAUGACAACAACAUUACAUUGUUUAACAAAAAUUGACAUUUCAGAUCUAUGGACAUUGGAGACUUUGGGUAUUACAGAUCCAGUAGAACAAAGUAAUAAAACUCAACAGGAGUUGAAGGUUUUACAAUCAUUCCAAAAGUCAGUAAAGAUCAAUGAAGAAGGUCGUUAUGAGGUAUGCUUGCCUUGGCGUGACGUUCCUCGUCCAUCUGCUAAUUUUGAAGUAGCGAGAAAACGUUUAGAUUCCACGAUGAAAAAAUUACUGCAAUUAGGUAAGGUAGAACAAUAUGACACUGUAUUUAGAGAAUGGCUUGCACUAAAUAUUAUUGAAGUAGCACCCAAUCAAGAUGUUAAAGGUCACUACAUGCCACAUCACGCAGUUAUAAAGGAAUCGAGUCUUACUACAAAAAUACGCCCUGUUUUCGAUGCGUCAGCAAAAGACAAAUGCGGCAUAUCAUUGAACUCUUGUUUAGAAAAAGGCGUCAACUUACUUGAACAAAUUCCUCAACUUAUGCUUAAUUUCAGAAAGGAAGCUAUAGGUGUAACAGCAGAUAUUGCUAAAGCAUUCCUACAAAUAUCAAUAGUUCCGGACGAUCGCGAUUAUCUACGAUUCCUGUGGUGGUCUCAUCCAAGUAAUAUGGAUAAAACUAUCGUCACUUAUCGGCACAGACGAGUUGUUUUUGGAGUAGCCUCAAGCCCAUUUCAUUUGAUUGCGACUAUAAAUCAUCAUUUAGAUCAUUGUCAUGAUCACCUGAAACAAACAGCAGAACAACUGAAAAAUUCAUUUUAUGUUGAUAAUUGUGUGACCAGCUUACCAUCAAAGGCAGCAUUAGAUAAAUUCAUCAAUGAGUCCAAGGAACUAAUGAUAAACGGUAAAUUUGAUCUUAGAGGUUGGGUAUCGAGUCCAAUAUUAGUAGAUAACAAGGUCGAAAAUAUCUCUAUACUAGGUGUACUAUGGAAUAUAAAUGGAGAUAAUCUCAGAUGUAACUGCAAUUCUUUAAAAAAUAUAGAUGAGAAAAUAACAAAACGGUCGUUAUUGUCUAUAACACAAAGAGUUUUCGACCCAAUAGGUAUUGUAUGCCCUACUACCAUCAUUCCAAAAAUGAUAAUACAGGCGGCAUGGACAUAUAAACUUACCUGGGAUGAAGAGUUACCUCAAAACCUUGCAAAAGAUUUUAAAACAUGGCUUAGUCAAGCUCACCUUAUUAAUGAGUGUGUAAUACCUAGACGUCUCACUAGUUCACCCAUAAAUGAGAGUAAAAACUCAUUACACGUUUUUUGUGACGCUAGUAACAAUGCGUAUUCAGCAUGUAUAUUCUUACGCGCGGAUUACAACGGGAAAAUAGACGUACGACUAGUUAUGGCGAAGGCUAGAGUGACACCAUUAAAGAAAAUUACUAUACCUAGACUCGAAUUAAUCGCCGCGACGCUAGCGACCAGAUUGGCUGCAACUGUAACAAAAACAUUAGCUUUACAAAAUUGUCCGGUUUGGUAUUGGACAGAUUCGAGCGUUGUACUGACCUGGAUCAAAGGAGACGGUGAUUGGAGUAUCUUUGUGAAAAACAGAGUUAAAGAAAUAAAAAAUUCUUCCUCUUCUACAGCUUGGAGACAUGUUCCUGGAGACAGCAACCCAGCAGACUUACCUUCUAGAGGCAUAAAUCCAAAGAGGUUACUAGAAAGUAAAUGGUGGGAAGGUCCUGCUUUUUUAUUAUUAGAUGAAGAAGAUUGGCCAAAUGAGAAGUUUGGAAUUGACUAUAAAGAGGUAAAUCAAGAAAGGAAAAAACAUUGUAUUCAGUCUAUGCUUAUUGAAGAAGAAUUAUUCUUAGAAAAACUCAGAUAUUUUUCAAAUUAUAUAAAAAUAGUCAGGAUGAUAGGUUGGAUGUUAAGAAUAAAAAGAAAACCAAAAACAACAGACUUGACUUACGAAGAGUAUGAAAAUGCUGAAAGAAAAUUAAUAAGAAUAAUUCAGAGUAGGUAUAAGGAUAAUAUAAAUAUGAAAAACUUGUUACUAUUUACAGAUGAUAAUGGAUUAUUACGACUGAAAACAAAAAUUGAUAAAGGAACUGAAAGGUAUGAUUUUAAAUAUCCUAUAAUACUCCCAAGUGAAGAGCCUAUCGUACAACGUAUGGUACAACAACGACAUAUUACUCUUCAACAUGCAGGUGUACAAUCACUAAUGUGUAAUUUGAGAGAGACAUUUUGGAUUAUAGGGUUACGAAAAAUAACAAGAAAGGUUGUUAGUAAUUGCAUAAGAUGCAAAAGAUUCAAAGCAAAGAGUUGCUAUGUUCCUACUGGCAGCUUACCAACAGAUCGUAUGGAGGCAAAUAUGGCAUUUGAAACCACUGGCGUGGAUUUAGCAGGUCCACUUAUGUUACGAUCAGAAUCAAAGGUAUGGAUUGUCUUGUUUACUUGUGCUACAUACCGGGCCGUCCAUUUAGAGCUCGUCGAGUCCUUAUCUACAAGAGAUUUCAUAAUGGCGUUAAGACGGUUCACAGCACGAAGAGGUAGAGUAAAAACUAUAUACAGCGACAACGGUACCAAUUUUAGAGGACUAGAUAAUUCAUUCAAUACUCUUGAUUGGAAUGAAAUAUUGCAGUUUUCUACCAUAACAAGGAUCAAAUGGAAGUUCUUACCUCCCAGCGCACCUUGGUGGGGAGGGUUUUACGAACGGCUUAUUGGCACGUUGAAACAAAUUCUUCGAAGAGUGUUAGGUAGAGCAUCGCUUUCAUUCGUCGAGUUGCAAACAAUACUUUGCGAUUGUGAAGCUACUAUUAACAAUAGACCUCUGACUUACAUAAGCAACAGUCAAGAUGAACUUCGAGCAUUAACUCCAUCUAUGUUUAUACAACCGCAGGCACAGUGUGAAGUAAGAGAUUUAGAUGAAAUUGAUAGCAAGUCAUUGAAUGUAAGAGCAAAACACUGUCAAAAUAUAAGAGACGCUUUCAGACAGCGGUUCAGAAAAGAAUAUAUCAGUACGUUAAUUCAACCUCGUAACAAGAAAUACGCUCAGCUACAGUGUGGUGAUGUGGUGCUAAUAGAGACAGAGGAUAACAGACGGAUUAAUUGGCCGUUAGGUAUAGUGGAGGAACUUUAUGACGGUACAGAUCAAUUCUCUAGAGUGGCCAAAGUUCGUACAGCUACUGGAGAUAGAGUAAGGCCUGUUCAACGACUAUUCCCAUUAGAAAUACGACACAAUGUUACCAAUAAUCAUGAUAGUGAUACAUCUAAUGGGACAAUGACUGAACAAGACAUGACAGAAGAAGUCCAUGACAACACAGACUCUACGACACGAGUAUUACGUUCACGUAGUGGUCGCGAAUUAAGACCACCACGAUAUCUUAACGACUUCACAUGUUAA